GUCACGCAUGAGUGAGUAGCUCAAUCAUCUCCACUUCGGCCGCGUCCAACCCAACACCAAGAGACAUACAGCUGAGCAGCACGGCGUCCAUCUCACCUCUUCACCCCCAAGUCUUCGUCCCCACACGACCCUUUCGCGCUUCUAGCUCCCCUCCGCCACAAGCGAUAAUGUCCGAAUUCUGGGUCUCUCGCAAGAAAUGGACUUGUCCGUACUGCGACAUUACCAUCAACGAUGAUGUGCCUUCGCGCAUGCAGCACGAAAAUGGGCUUCGUCACAAAGGCAACGUAGAGAGGUCGCUGAAGGGCACGUACAGAAAGGCGGAGAGGGAGAGGAGGGAAGAGGAGACCGCGAGGAGGGAGAUGGCUGCCAUCGAGAGGGCAGCAGCAGCAGCGCAUGCUGCAGAUACGACGAGGGACGCUUCUGAAGCAAGUGUCAGCACCUCCAAGCCUUCAGCACCCACACCUUCCAAGACGGCUCCAGCCCCGGAAAAUACCUCUUGGAAGCCCUCGGACAAAUUGUCAGCCUACGGAACAGUGAGCGAUGCGUCCUAUGCUCAAGAGUCCUAUGAGUCCACUCGGCUCAAAGAAGAGCACGAAGCUGCACUGCGCGAGCAAGAGCUGGAACAAAGAAGAAAAGAGGAAGGGUUCGUGGGAGAGUGGGAGACUGUCACUCCUUCGAGGCCCGUCGUGAACAGAGCACCGAAUGCUCAGGAUGAGGGCACGGAGUACGAAGCUGCUCGUGCGUUUCAAGUGAAGGAAAAGACGGGGCUGCAUGCGCGCAACGACGACGAGGAGAAUGCGACGGAGGAGAUCAAGGUGAAGAAAAGGAGGAUGAAUGAUCAAGAGGCGAGUUGGAACGAGGAUGCGGUGAGGAGACGAAGGUUACCUCAAUGGCAAGGUCUCAAAUUGGAGCCUAAGCGAGAAGACUCGACGAUCGAAUCCCGUGUGGAUUCAUUUCGCCUGUCUGGUGGAUCUCCUGCGUCGCCCAAGAAGGAGCAAGAUGACAGCGCGGAUCCUCCGACGAAGGAGGUUGACGGCUCUUUGCGGGAGCCAAGCACGACUGGGCAGCCAGGAGCGGGCUCCGACGCCCCGAAAAGCAUGUUCAAGAAGCGCAAAGCAGGAGCAGGUGCGGGCGCAAAGAAGGUUCGAACUGUCUGAGCUUGUUCGCGCUCAGCACAUCUGAUAAGGCAUCGCACGCGCUUCAAUCGAGGGACCGCGCAUUACAGCGCUCGAACGAGGCGGAAGGCUCGAUAAACCUCAACAUUGUAUUUCUACUACCACGCAUGUAUACAGUGCGUCAUAGCAGAUCAUCAUCGUCAUCAUCCCCACCAAUCUGCUCCUUGUUCUUCGCCUGAUCCUCGCUCCUGACCUGUCCGGUGGUGGUAGCAGCGACAAAAGCUGGUCCGCCCGCGCUGCCAAUAGUGGCCGCACCAGCUCUUUUCCUAGAAGCAGCCUCUGCUCUAGCCAUUGGAUCAUCUUCCUCGUCUU